AUGUCCAGUACCAACCAAGAGAAUUUUGACGACGAGGCAGCAAGCAGGUCCCACACCAAGCCGCGGUCGGGAGGACACCCCAUCCCCACCAUCCAGGGCUACAGGGAGCACAGGCGACAGCUCCAGGACCAGCUGCAGGAGACCGAGGAGGCGCAGGAGGGGCCUGAGGAUGAGUCCAGGCCGCGGCGGGCGUACGACUCGGAUAAGGAGGAGGAGCAGCAACAGAAUGCCCAAUACGAACGGGACACCCAGCAGAAACAAGACGCUCAGCAGCAGCAGCAGCAAGGAGAUGAUAAGGAUGGUCAACAGGCAGAGAAAUCCGCCACCGAACACGUCGCCUCCACGACCGAUCCCAAGGCGAAACGCAAGGCGAUGAAGAAGGCUUCUCGCAAUACAGGCGGGCGCGAAGUCACAGAUCCAGUCACACACCUACCGCUAGUCAUUCACGAUCAGACGGACAAGGAUCUCAACUCGGCGCCAGAGAAUGAGCCUGAGCCAGGCGAGCAUCAUACCACCGCCACGGGCCCGCAAGGAGCGAGCAAGCCGGACGAGCAGCUAAGGGAAGAACAGGAGAUGGCCCAGCGCGGGUUCAACGGUAUCCAGAGGCUAUUCCCACCGCCCGAAUUCGGCAAUCUCAAGAAGGAGCUUGCGGGAGCCUACGAGAAAGCCGUGACCGCUGGGCUCACCGUGAUUGCUGUUGCUGCCGCGGGACCGUUUCUCUUGGCAUCAUUGUCGGGCCAGGACCGCUGGAUUCCAUCAAUCUCGACCAUCAUCAGCAUCUUGUUCCUCGUCGCCGUGACGCUUGGCACAGCAUGGGGCAUGGGCCAAUGGUUGUCCAAGAGGGUCGCUGACAUUGUCGAUGAUGAGACCUGGGAGACUUCACGACGCGAGGAGGAAGCCAUCCUCGACUCGGACACAGAGCUACCAGAGUCAGUGCAGUGGUUCAACAGCCUCCUCGCCUCGAUCUGGCCGCUCGUCAACCCGGAUCUGUUCUCAUCAUUGAUCGACGAGAUUGAGGAUAUCAUGCAGGCCUCUCUGCCCAAGGUGGUCAAGAUGGUGAGCAUCGAUGAUAUGGGCCAGGGAAACCAGAGCCUACGCAUUCUAGGUGUCCGAUGGCUGCCCUCGGGUGCGGCCAGUCAGAGUGUCGGGCCUGGUGGAAAGCUAGAACGCUCAGAAAAGAAGGGACAAAGUGACCGGACGGACCCUGAGAGCGGCCAGGCCGAGAUCGCGAUCCGUGAAGGCAUGGAGGCUGAGGAGGGCGACUUUGUCAACCUCGAGAUGGCGCUGGCAUAUCGCAGCCGCACAUCGGGUAAGAACAUCAAAGAAAAGUCAAAGAAUGCCCAUCUUUACCUCAAGUUCUACUCGGUUGGCGGCGUUGCUCUGCCGGUUUGGGUCGAGGUCAGAGGCUUCAUUGCUACUCUCCGCCUCAGGCUGCAACUAACGCCCGAUCCUCCAUUCGUCAGCCUCUGCACCCUGACAUUCCUCGGACAACCCAAGGCCUCCAUGGCAUGCGUUCCACUGUCGAAGCAUGCCCCGAACUUGAUGGAUGUCCCCAUGAUCUCGUCCUUUGUCCAGUCCGCCAUCGAUGCAGCACUGGCCGAAUACGUGGCCCCCAAGAGCCUGACUCUCAACCUCAAAGAUAUGCUUAUGGGCGAAGACUUCAAGAAGGACACGGGCAGCCGUGGCGUCGUCCUGGUUUUCAUCAAGUCCGCCCACGGGUUCAAGCAGGGCGAUGGCGGGGUUGGCCCCGCACAAGGGUCCAGCGACGCAUAUUGUACUGUGAGCUGGGGAAAGUUUGGCAAGACUGUUGCGUCCACCCGCAUUAUCCCUGAAUCGCAGGAUCCCGAGUGGCACGAGUAUGCCGCAAUUCUGGUGACGGCAGAAGAGCUCAACGCCGGUGAGAGAUUGCGCCUACAGCUCUGGGACUCGGACAAGUGGACGGCAGAUGACGAUCUUGGGCGGGUCGAGGUCGACCUGAAGGAGCUGAUGCAUAACCCGGAGACGCACAAUAAGAUGGUAGAUCGCGAGGACCGCUUCACCGGCCAGGAUCCUGAUGAGAAGAUCCCUGGCUCCCUCCAGUGGUCUGUAGGGUACUUUGCCAAAGUCAGGAUCACAGAGCAGCAGCUCCAGAAGCAGACCGUCGACGAGAACAUCCGCACCAGAGACCAGCUCCGACAGCAUGUCUCUGAGCUGGCCGCCAACAAGCUGCGAGAAGCUGGCAAGCGCUCCGACGACGAUGACGAGCUGCACCAGCAACGCGUCCAGGACUACGGAGAAAUCGAGGACAACAUGAUCAUCUCUGCGCCGCCAAGCCAGGAACACGUGUCUGGUAUCCUCUCGGUACAGAUCCACAACAUUACCGGCCUCGAGAUCCAAAACCUCCAGAAGCAAGACAAGGGCAACGAUGACGACACCGACGGCGACGGCGAGACAGAGACAGGCGACGACAUGCCGGACAGCUACUGCAACAUCAUCCUCAACCACAAGAAGAUCUACCGCACUCGCACCAAGCCCAAGAACUCCAAGCCCUUCUUCAACGCGGGCACCGAACGCUUCGUCCGUGACUGGCGCACAACGGAUAUCUUCAUUGCCGUGCGCGAUGCCCGAGAGCGCGAGAACGACCCUCUGAUCGGCAUGAUCUACCUGCCGCUGCAGAAGGUCUUCGCCGAGAAGAGCCAGGUUGUCGACGUGUACCCUCUCGUGGGCGGGGUCGGCUACGGGCGCGCGAGGAUCAGCAUGGUCUGGCGCAGCGUUGAACUCAAGCUACCGCGGAACCUGCUGGGGUGGGACUACGGCACGCUCGAGAUCCGCGGCGCCAUACGUGCCAAGUCUGGGGGACUGCCAGACAAGCUCCUCGGAAACAGGAUCAAGAUCCGCACCGACCUGGGCAAGACCAAGGUAUACAGCAACAGUGAUAGCACUUGGUCACUCGGCAAGCGCGAGAACCGCGAGGGCGAGAGCGCGUUCCUCCCGGUGCGCAAGCGGUACGCCUCGGCGCUCGUCCUGGAGUUCCGCGAGAGCGUGCUCGGCCCGGACAAGAGCCCUGCGUUUGCGGUGCUCUGGCUGCAGGAGCUCGUCGACGAGGAGAGCGAAGUGAGGACGCUGAAGGUGUGGAAGGGCGGCAAGGACCGGCUGGGACGGGCACAGAAGAACUAUGACUACCGCGGGCUCGACGAGGGCGAGCAGCCGCUGGGGGAGGUAGAGCUGGAGCUCAAGUUCUGGCGGGGACUGUCUGGGUAUCACAAGCACUUUGCGUCCCGCAGCAAGACGGGCAAUAUGAGGGAUGUGAUGGAGUGUCUUGAUACGAUCACAGAUGAGAACCUCACCAAGGACGACGACGAUAAGGACGGCGUCGUGACGGAUGAGGAGGACUCCGGUGAUAAGGAGGCCAAGAAGAAGCUGAAGGUACACACCAACGACGACUCUUCCUCGGAUGACUCCAGCUUCGGGUCGGAUGAUGAGCAGCAGGAUUCAAGCAAGCCCCACUCCACCCUGGGCCUCGGAAACAGCCUGCGGGACUACAAGGACCAUCACAAACAGCUGCACCGCAAGCACAGGGGCAUCAUGCAGUGGCGGGUGGCGAGGGAGGCUGAUCAUCUCGGAGGCAAGCUGAGCAACCUGAAGGAUAAUGUCAGUGGGCUGUUCCAUCAUGGUGAUAAGGAGGCCGGUGUGGAGACUGAGAUAUAA